UGUAUUCACCGGGUAAACAGAGGCUUAACUCGAAAGUAUUCCUUUUCACUGUCUGCCAAUAAAACAAUCAAUGAGGAUUUUACAAUACACUUACGUAGUGUAUUUAGUUAAAGAAGGGGCUCUUGACUUCUAGGUAAGACAAUCAUGUAAACAAAAGCGGUGAUCAGAUCACGUGAUUAGUCAAUGGUUGUUGAUUAAUAUUUAAGGAAUCAAUCUUCUUGUAUCCAGCAUCAUUGCGCUUGUAACUGAGAGAUUUUAAUUUCUAGAUAAUAACAAUAAUAAAAGGAAUUAUGGAGGUUAAACUUAUGCUAGUUUUAGUUUUAUUUCCUUGUUUAUGGCUUGCGGAUGGCUGUGAACGAAAAACAACCAACAAUAAUUAUUGUUCCGGUCAUGCUAAAUGUAUUAUCAUCUACAGAUGCGCACGGUCUUUAGACAACAAUGAAAAGGGACAUAAAAUCAGGACUUAUAGAAUCACACUCCAAGGUGACCCCUGUAAUUUUAGUACCUAUGACAAUAACGGAGAUGGAGUAAUUACUAAGGAAGAAAUGCAGGUUAUACUCUGUAGCACUGUGGAAACCGACGCUCUAUUCGCGGACCUCGAUAUAUUGGAAGGUGAUGGAGAAAUAAUGUCGGAAGAAUUUAAUGCCACUGCACCGCAGAUUAUAACGAACUGUUUCGAAGAUCAACAAUUAUUAGAAUAAGAAAUAAAGAAUGUUUUGUGCUUUUAUUAAAUAAGAUGAAAUAGAACGGUUUCCUUAGCUAAUUUGCUAUUUAGGCAAUAUCUUGAAAUUCACAAAGGUACAUUUUUGAAAUUAAGACUGCAUUCAGUUCAACAGGUGUUUAAAGCAUAUAAAACAUGUAAAAGAUAUAAUUUAUACAUUUUACUGCCACAUCAGAUUUUUAAAAGUCACAAAAAUAAAUAUAAAUGCCGGCUGAAUAUUUACCAUUAACUGUAUUAGAUAAUAACAUCGUUUACAACAGAAGAUACAUUUACUCUUUUGUUUUCAUUUAUAUUUUCCCUUUAUCUAAACCUUACUUACAUAAAGGGAUAAAAAUUCAGUUAUUAACUCAUGUGUGUCACUUAGUACAAUCCAAAUUCUGAAUAUUUGUUCUAUGUAUUUUGAUCAUUUACAUUUUCCUGCUUAUAAGUUCAAAAAUAUUGUAUUAACCCGCCAUCCGUAAUACUGCAUAUAAAUGAUUUUUUAUUUGUAUAGAAUAUGUUCAUAUUUAGUUAUUUUAUGUAUUGUUAAUAUUUUAUGCUUUAAUUCUCUACUUUGUAAUUGGUAUCAACAUUAUUGUUAUGGGAAACGGUUUUACUUUAUCAUAGUCGUGUAUUGACAUUUUUACAUUGACAUGCUCAUUUCACGCCACUUACCAUCGCUACUGACUACUGACGUAUGUAUUGUAUAUGUUAGUUUAUUAUACUCUGAAUGAAAUAAAUGUUCAUGCAUUUCUA